CUGCGCCUGCCCCCGCUGCUCUGCUCCGCCCCGCCCCGAGCUGGGCCUGAGCGGGGUAUGGCGCCGGCCUUCGCCUGAGGAGCUGGGCCGCAGGGGGGGGGGGAGCAGCAGCCGCCCGCCCUCGCCGCGCCGCCAUGGAGGAGGACCCAGAGCUGGAGAGGAAAGCUGUGGAAGAGUUACUUAAAGAGGCAAAACGUGGGAGAACCAGAGCUGAAACAAUGGGAGCUAUGGGUUGGUUGAAAUGUCCUCUUGCUGGUACAAAUAAAAGAUUUCUUAUUAAUACCAUCAAAAACACGUUACCAUCUCAAAAAGAACAAGACCAAGAACGCGAGCAAAAGGAAGACAGUAAGGAGCCUGAGCCAAACAAAAGUAGGAAAGAAGAAAAACCAAAGAAACACAGAAUUCACCCAUAUACACCCAGCUUUCAGUCCAGAAGGAGAGUCAGCUGCUCUCCUCCGAGGCACCAAAACAGGAACCAGCACACAAAGGAUAAGCAUGAAAAGCAAUCAAGCAAACGAUGAGGAGAGUGACGAAUACGUGUUGUUAUAAGCCAGGAAUGUCAUUAAGUGUCGGACUGCAGGGAUGUCUCAGUUUUUCAGGAAAAGAUGCUGUUCAAAAUUGAAUUUUGAACUGAGUUGCUUGUGUGAGAAGUAACCUUGAGGUAGAUUUAGAAAACUUUUCUUCAGGUCCUUUAAGAGAAAAAUAAAGUGCAGCAUAAACUUUUCAGUUGUUUUAGAACAGACAUUCCUUUCCCUUUGCUCCAUUCCUGUCUCCCCUUCUGACUAAGCUUAGGGUCUUGGUGAUGGAGCGUGAUACGCGUGUCACUGUCUGAUACAACUCGUUUAGUCCUGUCACUCUUUUGGAAAGAAAUUUAAAUUAAGCAGAGAUUUAUUUAUUGUGUAAAGUUGGCAGAACUUCUUUGCUGCUAACAAAUAAAGAAGUUUUGCAUGUUUAGGUUAGUUUAGUUUUACAGAACCUAGAAGAAGGGAAAGCUGGUCAGUCCCUGGCCAAGCACGUACAUUAUGUACAGAAUAUGAGUGUUUGCUUUCUUUAGUAUAAAAGGAACAAAUUUAAAAUGGGCAACGCUGGUUUUGCUUUCCGGGAGGAACUACCAGGAAAUACUGAUUUCUCUUGUUAUUGUAUAUUCAGAGACCUGUCAUAGAUAAUAAUAAACAUUACCCCUAAAAAGCCAUAACUGCAAUAAUUGUCUCUGUUUAGACUUCCCUCUGUAAGGAAGUAGUUUGAACAGUCUGUUGUCAUGGUGCUUUCAGAACAAACCUUGAAGUCAAGAUUGUCAUGUUCUCUGUCCUCUGCUAGAAAGUUUCCAAGUAAGUGUGUAAUACUAGAAAUACAGAGGUGAUACUUAGAAACAGUCGAAUGCUCACUUUCCAAGCCUGUGUGACAAUUCUGUAGUGGUACAGUUUUAAACUUGUCAUGACUUGGAGUGCAUAUAAAACACAUUGGCAUAUUCUACGUCCCACUUCUGUUUGUGUUACAGUAACCAACUUCUGUGUGAAAUAUUUUGUAUUUCGGUAUUCUCAGAAAUAAUUGUUUUGAACCUAGGUUUCUGUUUUUAAGUGUGUUGACAAUAAAAUCAAAAAUGUUCAUUAAAAGUACUUUGUGGAA